AACUCUAAUGAACUUAUCCUCUGCAGCACAGCUAACUCUGGGUCUUCCUUUCCUGUGGUGGUCCUCAUGAGCGCUGUCGUCAAGGCAAGGGGUGUUUAAAAAAAAAAAAACUCAAAUAGAAAAUAUAUUUUGAUUUGUUUAACACUUCUUUGGUUACUAAAGAUGUAGAUUUUAUCAAACAAAAACAAAUGGCAGAAUUUCUCUCUCUUCUUUUCUCUCCUCCUUUUUCUACCUUUGGCUGAUUGGUUCCCAUUGUCUUUGUGAUUGAGGCCCAUUGUGUAUUUUCUAAUGUCAGCGGUUGAACAUUUUGUGUUUGUUGAUCUUUAGAUUUACAUCUGUGUGUUUGACGGCGGUUUUUGUAUCCACAUGAAAACAUGCACGUACGUUGUUUGUCUUGUCGUGGGUCAUUGAGCAAACAGAUUCGUCGUACGUCUCGUGGGGUUGUGAUGUAGCGCGUGUGUGUGCGUGUGUGUGUUUGUGAUGCGAUGUGUGUGUGUUCAUGUGCCACCACCAGUCUGCUUAUGUGAGUCCCUCUGCUACCUCCAACAGGACAGGGACCUACGACCAGAGGAGAUUGAAGAGCUUCGCGAGGCGUUUGUGGAGUUUGAUAGGAAGAAGAAUGGUUAUGUCAGCUACAAGGACCUGGGAGAGUGCAUGAGGACCAUGGGCUACAUGCCCACAGAGAUGGAGCUCAUCGAGCUGGGCCAGUCCAUCUGUGGCGGCAAACUAGACUUUGAUGACUUUGUGGAGCUGAUGGGCCCAAAGAUGCUGGCAGAGACAGCAGACAUGAUCGGAGUGAAAGAACUGAGAGAUGCAUUCAAGGAGUUUGAUGCUAACAGUGAUGGUCAGAUCAGUAUAAUGGAACUGAGGGAGGCCAUGAAGAAGCUGAUGGGAGAACAGCUGACCAACAGAGAGAUCGACGAGAUCCUCCGAGACGUGGAUCUCAACCGGGACGGACUGGUCGACUUUGAGGAAUUUGUUCGAAUGAUGUCACGCUGAGAUAACCAUAUGGUUGUAGUGAACAACUGGAAAAGGGACCACUACAUUUGUAGUGAACAACUGGAAAAGGGACCACUACGUUUGUAGUGAACAACUGGAAAAGGGACCACUACGUUUGUAGUGAACAACUGGAAAAGGGACCACUACAUUUGUAGUGAACAACUGGAAAAGGGACCACUACAUUUGUAGUGAACAUUCUUGUUCUACUGACUGGACCUCGGUUUGUUAUUUUUUGUUAAGCAGCACUUAAAUUGAGUGAACACUUAAUAGUAGUUCUACAAAUCUUGUAACUCAAGCUGUGACAGUUCAAUUGAACAUUGAUUGGUUGUAACAUAUCAAAAUCCUAAUGCUUGGCUGUCUCUUAUGAGUAUCGCUUAUCUUUUUAAAGUGUCUUUUUUUUAAAAAGUGAAUGUUUUUACUCUGAUUGUAUGUGUGUUCAAAGGUUUAACCUCGUUUGUAAAAUGUGACGUUAUUUUCAAAUAAAAAGUUGUCUGUGUUGUUUU